AUGAUAUCAACUUAUAUUCAAAAUAAUCCAUUGUUAUCACUAGCUGAAGCUCGACAAUAUUCAAAUCAACUCAUAUUUGAAUACAAUUCUUCACAUGAUGAUACUAUUGAUAUUUCACCUCAAACAAUAGCAAAGCUAUACUACGAGAUCAGGCCUAAAAUCAAACUAAGCGAAAAUGAAUUAAUUAAGAAGUUAUUAGAAAAGUAUAACAGCACAGAUUAUUAUAUAACCCAAUAUUACUCAAGUUCAGAUGAUACUAACUAUUAUUUCUUCGGGUUGCCAGCUUUUAUAAAAAGAGCUAAAACUUGCAACCAUCUUUUCAUAGAUGGAACAUUUCGUAUCGUUCCAAUUAAGUUAGCAAAUGGGCAGCUCUUAAAUCUUUUAGUAUACGAUGAAGCUACAAUUUUAUAUUUACCUUUCCUUCAUGUACUAAUGACAGGAAGAUCAUCACUUAACUAUGAUACAGUUUUUAAUUUAAUGAUCACAUGUCCUCUUAUUAGUAUAUCAUUGGGAAAAUAUAAAAUCAUUAAAUCAGAUUUUGAGAAUGCAUUAAUGAAAUCAAUCAAAUCUAAAGUCAAUGAUGAAACUACAGUCACUGGUUGUAUAUUUCAUUAUAUAGCAGCUCUUGUUAAAAAUUUCAAAAAGUUAUGUGAUGAAAACGAUGUUUGCGCAAAAUCACUUUUAAAACUAUUAUGUGCAUGUCCUUUUGUUCCAAUAGAAGUUUUUGAAAUAAUUUGCAAAAAAUUAGAUGCGAUUAAAGAAAUAAAUGAUUUUGCAAAAUAUUUCUUAAAUACAUGGGGUAAAAAGUAUGA